AUGCUCGACUUUGAACCCAUGUACUUGGAUUAUCAGGCCAUGUUCUAUGUCAGCUCUCUAGCACUGAUGCUACUGGCGUUGGGCCUCCUAGUAUGUCAGGCAGGGGAAAAUGGCACAUUGUUGAAUCAAGCGCUCUCCUAUGCUAUCGAUGCCUACCUUUGCUUCCGAAAUCCGCUCAAAUCUCAAGACGGGCGGACAAAGGUUCCCUCCUGUCCAUACCAGUUUCCCAAUGGACAGGGGAAUCUCGCGAAAUUCUAUGAGGGGGCUUCUUUGUCUCAACACUGGCGGGAGAAGUAUGGACCUGUGUAUAGAAUAUGGUCGGGAUUAACCCCGGAAAUUGUCGUGACUCGAUCGGAGCAUGUGCGCUCCGUCUUUCACGACUCAAAUUUGCACGUCAAAGGACCCAACAUGGACUCGGGUUGGCUUAUUGGAGAGCUCCUCGGCCACUGCCUCGGGCUCCUGGAGCCCGACGAUUGGUCGCGUGUACGUUCAGUUGUUGGCGGCCCAUUUCACCACAACAAAGCAGUCUCAUAUGUGGGUUUAGUCCAGCGUCGAGUGGAUGAGCAUUUCGAAUUGCUUCGCAAGUUCCAAGCUACUCCUGACCCUGGAAAGGAAAUCAUUCUUCGGCCUUCCGAGGACUUCAAAUUUCUUCCUUUUUUAGUCCUGGCUGAGAUCAUUUACGGAGAACUUCCGGAGAAUUUGAAACAACAACUCAAGGAGAUUGCCAUUUUGCGCGAAGACCUCUGGAAAGCUGGAAUGUCCGGCAAGCUGUAUCGGUUCUCUCUGGGCCGACUAGUACCGACGAAAACGAACGGCUCACUACGGAGUUUCAAAUCCAAGUGGUUGGAUUUCAAUGAACGAGCGUUUCGCCAUGCUACUGAAUCCGUCCCAAUGGCGCCAAUAGUCACCAUGUAUACCGCAAUGAAAGACGGGAAAAUCAGUGAAACUGAACUCCUCCAUACACUAGACGAAGCUCUAUUUGCCAACCUUGAUGUUACGCUGGGAAACUUCUCCUGGAACCCUAUGUUUCUCGCAGCAAACCCACAGAUCCAAGAAGAACUGCGCAACGAAAUUAAAGUGAUCCGAAAUACAGAACACAAGAGCUUCGAAGGAUAUUUUACAUCCCAUUCGACAUUACUGCACGCCUGCAUUCUGGAGUCCGCUCGGUUGAAGCCGAUGGCACCUUUUUCCAUCCCACAGGCAGCGCCGACGGACCGGGUACUGGGUGGCUUCAUUAUUCCAGCUGGUACAAACUUUGUAGUAGACACCGUUAGCCUCAAUAUCCUUGAUGAAAAAUGGGGACCGGACACUAUGCUUUAUCGGCCCCAGCGAUUUCUUGAAGAACAAAAUCCCACCCAGCUACGCUAUCGCUAUUGGCGAUAUGGAUUUGGUCCGAGGCAGUGCCUCGGGAAAUAUACUGCGGAUGUCAUUUUACAUGUUCUGUUAGCGUCCUUGGUAGAGAAGUAUUAUAUGAGACUGAAGUGUACCGAAUAUUCCGACCUGGAGGGGUGGCAGAGAAAACCAGAUACAUGGAUCAGCCUCGCUAUGGAGGACAUCGUGUGCGAGCCGAUUUGA